CCUGCUCUGGGUCACCCGCUUCCCUGACGGGGUGCGUGCGGGGUGCACGCGGGGUGCACGCGGGGUCCGCAGGCCUGGGAGCUGGAGUUCGGCCUGCAACCCCAUGGACCAGGUUCCCGGGAAGUCGCUGAGCUGUGCGGAGAAGGAACAGCUGGAGGAAAAACUUGCACUUUUGAAAAAGGAAUACAGGAGAACUCUGGCCCGCCUCCAGCGUGCCCAAAGAGCUGAGAAGAUUAAGAAUUCUGUUAAGAAAACAGCAAGACAAGAUGGCUUUCCAGAACAGCGAAUCACAUCACAAUCAAUGCAUUCAGAGCCUAAAAAUGAAGGAUGUUUUCAUGACCGAUUACAAAUCAACACCCAGCUUACCGAAGAAACUGGAGAAAAGACAUCUCUGACCUUUGUUGAGCCUAAGUCCUUUAACCCUAAAGAUGGCUCAGAAGAAGGAUUGCUUAUACAAAAUGCAGAUGACAUCCAAGAACAUUUUCCCUAUAAAGUGAGUGACCUUGAUGGGAAGACCAGGCAGAAUGAGCUGCCAGGAGAGAGACAAAAGAAGUCCAAAAGAAUGUUUGCUUCUCAGGAGACAGAGUGUUCCUUUGACACUAAUUCAUUCAUUGCUUCUGGAAAAAGCACUAGGAAUCAGGACACAAUCAAUAGCAAAAAUCCUUGUUCAUCAGAAACAGUAAUAAGUCAUGAAGGUCACGGGGAACUUACUGCUCCAGCAUUUCAAAACAUUAGUCCUUCUCCACCCCUAGACAUGCAGGCACAAGGCAGAAAGAUAUCCAUCUGUACAGAUGACCCAGUAGUAAAUAACACAGUUGGUGCCCCCAGCCAACUGCCUAAAAGUCCUAACUUAGUGGCAGACAAUUCAUGUAGUAGAAAUGAACUCGCUUACAGUAACUCAGCAGCAAAUAUAACCCAAGACUUAAAAGAACAAAGUCAUCACACUGGAAACUCUUUAAAAUCUCCUAGUAACACUAUGGAUAGUAGAGAUCAGACUGUUCAGGAAAAGGAGGCUCUAAGCCAGUCUGAGAGUCUUACUCUGGAACCAGGCUCUCCUGCUUCUAUAGAAAUUCAAGCACAUUCUUGCACAAUGAUUGAAGGCCUUCUGUUUCCUGCAGAAUACUAUGUUAGAACAACACGUCGCAUGUCAGACAGCCAGAGGAAAAUAGCUCUGGAAGCUGUGAUUCAAAGUCACUUGGGUGUCAGAAAGAAAGGGUUUAAAAAUAAAGAACAAGGAGCAAGUAAAAAUGUAAAACUUUCUAGUGAAGCUGACCAAAGUGAAAUCAGCAUGUCAGACACAAGCUCAGGACUGUCAAGUUCAGGUCCUUCUCAGGAACCUCUGUCACAAAGUGAAGUCUGCUCUCCCUCAGCAUCCGCUGAAAACAGCCACUGUCCUCGGAGGCCUGUCACCAAGUCAUCUAGUAGAAGACACAGAGGAAAAAGGAAGUCAGCCCACACCUUGUCGCUAGAUCAGUGUGAACAGCUUUUGCCAUCUUCGAGCACAUUUGGUGUAAAGUGGUUCAAUUUUCACCAGAGUGAAAAUGCAACAAUUCAUGAUUUUCAGUUACCUGAUGAGGACUUUGGGCCUCUGAAGCUUGAAAAACUGAAGUUCUCAGAGAAACCCAUUCAACCUCUUCAAUCAAAAACAUAUGCGAAGAAGUUUCUUAAAGAGCAUCAGAUUCCUCAGUGCAUAGCUGCAGAAGUGAAGGAGUUGGAAGAACCUACUUUUGUUCCGGGAAGAGCACAUCCUCAAACGCCAAGCCCAGAGAGCCAGACUCCCCGCAAGGGCCUUUCUUCCUCCAUGGUCCUCUUCACUCCUUUAAACACUGCUGCUGCUGCUGGUGAUGAGAGUACCAGGCCUGCCUCAGACCUGUGUUCCCCAGCUUUCCCCACCCUGGGCACCACUCCAGCUUCCAGCUCUCAGGCAUCCUGUGAAGGAAUGUCUGCCCAGGUUGAUGGACCAGCUUGCUCCCUGCCCCACCUUUCUCCCUCAGAAGACACAGUCAGUCUAGCUAGGGCUCCUAAACACUUGGACAGUACAGCCGACCCUCUCAAACUGGAUACCAGCCUGCAUGUGCCAGGUAGGCGAGGACAGUCUGCCUGUGACCGUGACUCUGGCCCCCAAGCAACACCUGCACCCACUGAGUCAUUCCCUUUCAGAGAAAAUCAGCUGUGUGGAAACGCAUGCCUGGCGUUGCCUGAGCAUUCCACUGAACAGCCCGAAACAGCACAUCUUCCGGCUGGCGAUGGCUUAAACCCAGGCAGUCUACAAUUGCUUUCAAAGUUAAAGAACCCCUGCAGUUCCUGUUCCGUGGAUGUGAGCGCCCUGUGGUGGGAACAAGCUGGCUUGAAGGAGCCAUGCAUCAUAACUGCUUGUGAAUACGCAGUUUCUCUUUGGAAGCCGCUGCGUACGUGGCAAUGGGAGAAAAUGUACACCUGGCACUUCACAGAGGUUCCAGUGUUACAAAUAGUUCCAGUACCCGAGGUUUCUAAUCUGGUGUGUGUGGCAUUGGGAACUUUGGAAAUCAGAGAAAUCAGGGCAUUGCUUUGGUCCUGUGGUGAUGAAAGUGAAAGGCAUGUGCUCCUACAAUCUGGAAAUAUAAAGGCUGUGCUUGGCCUGACAAAGAGGCGGCUAGUCUGCAGCAGUGGGGUCCCCUGUGAUCAGCAAGUGGAAGUCAUGACACUGGCUGAGGAUGGCGGAAGCAAAGAGAAGCGGUUUUUGAUGCCCCCUGAAGAGACUGUGCUGACUUUCGCCGAGGUGCAGGGGAUGCAGGAAGCUCUGCUUGGCACCACUGUCUUGAGCAAUGUCAUCAUCUGGAAUUUAAGGACUGGUCAACUCUUGAAAAAAAUGCACAUGGCCGAUUCUUACCAAGCCUCAGUGUGUCACAGAGCCUAUUCUGAAAUGGGGCUCCUGUUUGUGGUUUUGAGUCACCCUUGUGCCAAAGAGAGCGAGUGGUUGGGAAGCCCAGUGUUCCAGCUGGUGGCGAUCAACCCCAAGACUGCCCUGAGUGUGGGGGUGCUGCUGUAUUGCCUGCCCCAAGGGCAGGCCGGAAGGUUCCUGGAAGGGGAUGUGCGAGACCACCUUGCAGCUGCAGUCCUGACUUCUGGAACAAUUGCUGUCUGGGACUUAGUGCUGGGGCGCUGUGCUGCCCUCCUGCCACCCAGCCCAGAUCAAAAUUGGUCUUUCGUAAAAUGGUCAGCUACAGAUUCUCAUUUGCUGGCUGGACAGAAAGAUGGAAAUAUAUUUAUAUAUCGCUACUCAUGAGUUAAAAGGAAAACACUUUUUCUGGGUGUAUUUGAUCUCCCAGCACUUUUGGGUGGAAAUUGGGAGAACUCCCAAGUGACAUGUAAAGGGAUGACUUGGGAUGUUUGCUGUGAUGGUGGUGGCACUGCUGGUUCAUGUUACCCUGAGGUAAAGGAUCUGGGGCACUUUGGUGAUAGCCACAUUUGCACAUUUACUUUUAAAGGUGUACAGAAAAC